AAUGAUGCGACCUACCUCACCUAUCGCUCGAGCCUAACGUAUGAUAACGUCAGAUAAUCUCUAAUGAAAAUCAGAAAAUAUUGCCGUUCUAUGUGAACAUUGUUGUCAUCGUUAUAUUCGUUGGGUGUCGCGUGGACAAACGUGAGGGGCGUCGAGUGGUGUUAGAAAUUCAAUUAAAGUUACUACCAAUUAACGUGAUCUCACCGGCAACUUCCGGAAGCGCCGCUCAUUUUCAGAACGCGACGCAGAGUUGCCCUUUUACGUGGAGAUAGAUUCAAUUAUCAUUAUUAAAUAAUUGAAUAACACGUCCUCGCUGUUUACGUCGUGCCAAUCGUUCGAGGAUUCUCUGAAUUAACUUUCUCUCGUAUCACCGGAAUAUGAAAUGGCAAGAAUCGUAGCGUGUGUUAUGUUAGUUUGCCUGAAUGCAUGUUGUAUAUUAAGUGCGGAUGAAGACAGCGAUGCAAUACAGAAACCAACUUACAAAAGUCCGGAACCUUCCGGUUUCGCUCACCUAGCGGAGAACUUUGACAGUGAGGAGAGAUUUAGAAAUGUAUGGAUAUUAUCAGAGGCGAAGAAGGAUGAUAUUGACGAAGAUAUCGCUAAAUAUGAUGGAAUUUGGUCCAUUGAGGAACCUAAGAAACAUGGCGAGGAUGGAGACUUAGGAUUAGUGCUUAAAAGCAAAGCUAGACAUGCUGCCGUUUCUACUGCAUUAACUAAGCCAUUUUAUUUUGAAGACAAGCCUUUAGUUGUACAAUAUGAAGUUAAUUUCCAAGAGGGACAAGAAUGUGGUGGUGCUUAUCUUAAGUUGCUUACAUUAGAUGAUAAAUAUGGAGACUUGAAACAGUUCCAAGAUAAAACACCAUAUACCAUAAUGUUUGGGCCUGAUAAAUGUGGCAACGAUCACAAGCUUCAUUUUAUAUUUCGACAUAAGAAUCCAUUGAAUGGUACAAUCACAGAGAAACAUUGUAAAAAAUCAAAAGACAAAAUGGAAGAUUACUUUAAAGAUAAAAACCCGCAUUUGUAUACUCUGAUCGUACGGCCUGAUAAUAUGUACGAAAUCAAAGUAGAUAAUAAACUUUUAAACUCUGGCUCAUUACUAGACGAUUUCACUCCUCCCGUGAAUCCGCCUCUAGAAAUAGAAGAUCCUGAUGAUAAACAGCCUGAGGAUUGGGACGAUCGAGAAAAGAUUCCUGAUCCAUUGGCAGAAAAGCCCGAUGACUGGGACGAAGAUGCUCCAGCACAGAUAGUUGAUGAGGAAGAUAUUAUGCCAGAAGGAUGGCUUGAAGACGAACCGCCGAUGAUACCAAAUCCGAAUUCGGUUAAGCCCGAUGAUUGGGAUGUCGAGAUGGAUGGUGAAUGGGAGCCUCCGGAAAUACCAAAUCCAAAAUGCGCGGAUGUUCCUGGUUGCGGACCAUAUAAGCAGAAAAUGAUGAAGAAUCCACGAUAUAAAGGAAAAUGGUUGGCGCCACUUGUUAACAAUCCUAAUUACAAGGGAAAAUGGAAGCCUAAACUUAUAGAUAAUCCUGAUUACUUUAAUGACAAACAUCCGUUCAAGAUGUUACCAAUUAGUGCUGUUGGCUUUGAGCUGUGGUCAAUGUCUACCGAUAUAUAUUUCGACAAUAUAAUUAUAACAGAUGAUGAAAAAGUUGCGAAGAAAUGGGGAGUUGAUACAUUUGAGGUUCGACGUGUUAAAAUUGCUGAGGAAAAUUGGAGUACAUGGAAUCGGAUCGCGAAAUUUACUGCGGACCAUCCAUGGAUGUGGGCAGUAUAUCUAGUACUAACUGCAAUACCAGUAGUCCUGAUAAUGUAUUUUUGCUGCUUUUCCGAGGACAAAACAGAUUUUAAAGACGAAGAAGAUGACAAGUCACUUUUAGGGUUAGGCAUCGACGAGACCAUGGAAAAUGAAAAUUCUGAGCUUGAGCAAAAACCUGUUAUAGAAGAAAUAGGAGAUAUAGAGAUAGAGACUGGAAUAGAAGAAGUAAUAGAAAGUGAUAAGGAUACUCCAUCGAUUAGUGGCGAAGGACCACGACGAAGAAAACCAAAUAAAGAAUAGGAAGAAGAAUAAUUAUAAAAAAAUUUAAUAAGAGUAUCGCGUUAAGAUAUUUAUAUAAUACUAUAUCACAUUCCACACAUUACACUUGCCACUGUGGAUAGUAGGUUACCAGUCACUAGUAAAUUCAGUCACUGCAAUGUGUGAUGCGAUAUUUAAUUACUCUUCUAAGAAUAUUGACAUUUGAUAUCGUAUAUGAAAUCUUAUUAAUAUAUUUGAGAAAACUGUUCUCGAAUUAUACAUAUGCUUUUGUGUACUGAGUGAUGUAUGAUGUAUCUGUAUUCUUUGAAAUUUACAAGUAUUUUCUCUUAAAAUGGACAAUGCCUUAAUGAUAGUAAAGUAUAUAUUUAUGUUUUUAAUUACAACAUUUUUCAAUGUUGUAGUAUUAAAGGAGAUAGCAUAAUUCAUUCAUAUUUUAAAUGUUAUAUAUUUUAAUGUUACACUAGGACAAAUCAAUAAGAGAGACAGUAAAAAAGUCGAAGAGAAUGUAAUAUAUGUGAAUGCAAGAAAUGUGUAUAAUUUAUGUCCUGAUGUAACUCAUACUAUAUUUUUCAACUACUAUGGCAGAAUCCAUUUCGAUUAUAAGGCAAACAAAUUAUACAUUUAUCCACAGAAUGUGUAAAAGUCAACUUGUAUUCCCGUAAGUUUUCUAUAUUUGCGUAAUUUAUGUAUAAUUUUUUUUCUAAUUUAAAAUAUUGAAGUAUAAAUUGAGGUAGUUUUAAAAUCAUUAACAUAAAACGUAAUAGCAUUUAUCGACCGUACCAUAGUAGUUGAUAGUCAAUGAUUUGUUAUUAAUUAUUUGGUGUAAUAUUCACGAACUUUAAAAUGUUUAUGAAUUAUUUAAGUUAGAAAUAAGUCCGUAUGUUAUAUAUAUUGUAAUCAGGUACUACGUUGUUUGUAUUGAUCGAUUAUGCGAACGAAAUAAAAUUCAAAGAAAUAUAGAGAAAA